GCGGGCUGGGCGGUAGACCCUGCCGGGCGCGGGGGCUAGUCUAGCAGAGGCCAGGCCAGACUCGCGGCUACUGGAACGCCCUAGUCAGCAUCUCGGCCUUGGGGAAAAGGGCGGCCGCCUUGCUGCGCCCGGGAGCGGCCAGGAUGCCAUUCCUGCACGGCUUCCGGAGGAUCAUCUUCGAGUACCAGCCGCUGGUCGAUGCGAUUCUUGGCUCCCUGGGGAUCCAGGACCUCGAGCGACAGGAUCCCCUGGACGGACCCAGUCAUGUUGCCAGUGAGGAGAGCCGCAUCCUUGUUCUCACCGAGCUGCUGGAGAGGAAGGCCCACUGUCCAUUUUAUCAGGAAGGUGUGAGCAAUGCUUUGCUGAAGAUGGCUGAGCUGGGGCUGAUGCAAGCAGCUGAUGUUCUCCUGCAGAACGGGGCCAAUCUCAACUUUGAAGACCCGGUCACCUACUACACAGCUCUGCACAUCGCCGUCCUGCGAAACCAGCCCGACAUGGUGGAACUGCUGGUGCGCCAUGGGGCUGACAUUAACCGGAGGGACCGGAUCCAUGAGAGCAGCCCCUUGGACCUGGCCAGCGAAGAGCCAGAGCGCCUGCCCUGCCUGCAGCGCCUCCUGGACCUUGGUGCAGAUGUCAAUGCAGCUGACAAGCACGGGAAGACUGCUUUGCUCCAUGCUUUGGCCAGCAGUGACGGGGUGCAGAUCCACAACACUGAGAACAUCCGGCUCUUACUGGAAGGAGGGGCAGACGUGAAGGCUACCACCAAAGACGGGGACACAGUGUUCACGUGCAUCAUCUUCCUGCUUGGUGAAACUGUGGGAGGGGACAAAGAGGAGGCCCAGAUGAUCAACCGCUUCUGCUUCCAAGUAACGCAGCUGCUGUUGGCUCACGGGGCAGACCCCAGCGAAUGCCCAGCCCACGAAUCCCUCACCCACAUCUGCCUCAAGAGCUUUAAGCUGCAUUUCCCUCUCCUCCGCUUCCUGCUAGAAUCUGGAGCUGCCUAUAACUGUUCCCUCCAUGGUGCAUCCUGCUGGUCUGGCUUUCACAUCAUCUUCGAGCGGCUCUGUUCUCAUCCAGGCUGCACUGAAGAUGAGAGUCACGUGGACCUCCUGCGCAAGGCUGAGACCAUCCUUGACCUCAUGGUGACUAAUUCCCAGAAACUCCAACUGCCUGAGAACUUUGACAUCCACCCUGUGGGCAGCCUAGCAGAAAAAAUCCAAGCCCUUCACUUCUCCUUGAGGCAGCUGGAGAGCUAUCCCCCACCCCUCAAGCACCUGUGUCGAGUUUACAUCCGGCUCUACCUUCAGCCUUGGCCUGUGGAUGUGAAGGUCAAAGCCCUUCCUCUGCCUGACAGGCUGAAGUGGUACCUCCUCAGUGAGCACAGUGGUACCCUCGAAGAUGAUAUCUGACAGGUCCCAGGCAACCCUAUAGCUUUCUUCAAGCCCCCAGACUAAAGGGAACAGUGGUCUGGGAAACUUAAUUCAACCUGUUGGUGGAUUUUAGUAACUAUCACAGGCUUAGUAGAGGGUUUUUUGAUCCCAUCUAGCAAAACAGUGCAGUCUGGAGAUGAGACCUGGUCCUUCUUGAGUAGAGAGACAAAGUCGAGCAGCAUAAUCAUUCCAGUGGUGACAGGCAUGGUUCUUCAUCUUCCAGGAGGCUGCCCUCCCUUCCCUCUGGCAGCACCCCAAGCUUCAACCCAUGUUGGGAAAAAGAACAGAGUGUAGAUUUGGGGACAGUUUACUCCCUCUUAAUUUGAAGGGGACUCCAGGGCAUUUACAGAAGCAGGGAAGCACUAAGUCUAAGUAUUCCUGAGAGCUGCAGGAAACUGGUUCUUCCUGCUUGGAGGAGACACAACCAAAGCUAGAAGGCAGGGUUAGGUCCUAUUUCAGAGCAUGCAGCAGGGUAAAAUCAAGCUGAGGCCCUUUAUCCUGCCUCUUUCACUCCAGAUUCAGAGCUGGGGUGGGUGGACAUUUAAAGACCACUACAGACUCAUCUUCCUGGUGUUGAAAGCUGAGCUGACCCUUGCCCACCAAGGCUCCACUGCAGGUACCAACUCAUGCCUGGGGGCAGUGCUACUUGCUGUGGUGGCAGCUCUGCUUCUGCAAAACCUGGGGCAAUCAUGAGGGCAGACAGGGGACAGCUGUUUCUGAAGUCUUGUUUUGUGAGGGGCUCACCUAAGGGAGAAAGCUGCCAGGACUGGAAGCUUACUGUACUGCCAAAACUGAACUCUCAUAAAGUCAUUUCAGUCCCAUUGGUCAUUGUGAAAUAUGUAAACCUACAUGCCUUUGGGAAGAGGCUAAGGCAACUAAAUGCUUUAUUUAUAUUAUAAAAUUAAACUGAUUUCUCUUGGCCUUAAAA